AAGAGUUCGACCAUCAAUUAGUUAAGAGUAUAAAAGCUAUAAAACUGGCUAGCUUAUUAUCAAAAUGGCCUUCAAAUUUCAAUGGCCAGACUUCAAUGCUGCAUUCUUAGCAGAUGCUCGUACGACACUAGAUAACGCACUAAACAAAGGACCUAAACCGCCUAUAAUCGCUGAUAGGAUUAUAGUAGAGGAUUUAAACAUGGGAACCAUCCCACCUGAAUUAGAAAUACUUGAAAUUGGAGAGUUAUCUGUGGACAAGUUUAGAGGUAUAUUCCGUAUGAACUAUGCAGGAGACGCUCAUAUCGUUCUACGCACAAAAGUACAAGCAAAUCCAUUAACGACAAAAGGUUCAAAACCUGGUUUACUGGGUGGUAGAUCUAUCUUAGCAGCUCAUCAGCCACUCGUAGUACCAAUGCACCUCCGAUUAUCUGCAUUGAGAUUACGUGCGAUUAUUGUUUUAGUCGUCAGCAAGCAAAAAGGUAUCACUUUAGUAUUCAAGAAUGAUCCUUUAGAGAAUUUAGACGUUAAUUCUACAUUCGAUUCUAUCGCCGUUAUACAAAAAUUCAUCCAACAACAGAUCGAAGGUCAAUUAAGGGAAAUGUUUAGAGAGGAUCUGCCCGGUAUUAUACAUAGGUUAUCUCAACAAUACUUCGAUUCUAGAGAGAAGGCGAAAAAAUCAUCGUCUUCCGCACCUAGGCGAUCUGCGAUGUCCGCAAAUGGCGAAUUAGAAAGCUAUCAAACGCUAUAUGGUUCCAAGUCUGAUAGACCAACACGCUCUAUGAAUAUACCAAGAAGAAGUAACAGACUCUCCACUCAAUCCCAACCACAUUCACCUACAUCAUCGACUUUCCCCGAUCUCGAAUUUUAUGAUCCUACGUAUGGUCUCAGACCACAUUUAAAGGAAGCCCAAGAAAACCUAGGUGAGACUGCUUUCGGAAAGGUCUGGGAGCGCAGUCGUGGUUUCCUACAACCUUCGGAUAAGAACACAGUAGAUGAUCUUGACGACAUAGAUUUAUUUGAUCCACCGAUCAAUACGGACGCAUUCGAAGCUGAAGAUGAUGAUGCUGUUUCUGAAAGUCUACGUCGUUUGCAUUUAGAUGAAGACGAAGAGCAAGAGGAAUUGAAUAGUAUAGAUGAUGUCACUGGUUCAACUGCAUGGCGGACAAGAUCUUCAAGAUCUUUGCGUACACCUGCAAGUGAUGCAACAUCUUACAUUAGUAGUAGGACUGCCACUGCUAGACCAGUUUCCACUACGAGCUACAAACAUACCCAAAUCACAGAAGAUACUAGAUCAUCAAUCUCAAAUUCACGAUCUAAUUCCUUCGCUGAUACUUCGAUUCUUGAUGAUUCUACUGCACCAACGUCAAUCUUGGAAGAAGAUAAGGUUGCACCGAAGCCAUACAAUUUAAGUACAUCACCAACAAUACAGAAGAGUAUAAGGUACACAGAUACUGGAAAGAUGACUAUUAUGGCACCUAUAAAUGAGAACAUAAAGGAGUUAGGAAAUUUAUCUCAAGUUAAUUUCACAUUAUCACCAAAUACUAGAGUGUUUGAACGAUCAACGGUAAGGAGUUUCCCUCACACCAAGCAGAGGAAUAGCAAAGGUAUACAAAAAGCCAGACGCAAGAGAGUACACAAGCUUGGUGGAAAGAAAGAAGGAAAGAAAGAAGAAAAAGAAGCAACUAGUUCUUCUACAAGUAACACGGCUAGCACACCGCAAGAAGCAACAACACCUGUUGUUCAAACACCAGCACAUGCAUUAGAUAAAACGAAAAACAUCAAAUUGGCCUUAUGGGCUCGAGAAGCAUCAUUACAAGCACCAAAACCACCCCCAUCUGUAAUUGCUAGUACGACCUAGUAUCUUUGUAAUAUUUU